GUUCUUUAAAUUCACAAGCUUUGAUGCUUUUUCUAUAGAUUGAUCAAGUGAUUUGCUAUUGGAAAGUUUGCAGACAAGAUGCUUAAUGAGUUACUUCUAGCCAGUGCAGUGGUGUUUUUAACAUAUCACAUAUACAAGUACAUGGUCAGGAAAACCAUACACCUUCCAGGACCCAGAGGCUUACCAAUCAUUGGAAACAUCCAUAGCUUUAUUCAAGAUGGAGGCCCAGUUUGGCAAGUUCAAAUAUGGGCAAAAGAAUAUGGUGAUGCAUUCAAAAUAAGCAUUCUUGGUGAAGAAAUUGUCAUACUGAGUGAUUAUGAUAGUAUCUAUGAGGCACUGGUAGAAAGAUCAAAUGAUUUUGCUGGAAGGCCUUUCGAAAAAUCAUAUGCAUUGAAAAAAUUGUUAUCUCAUGGCAUAUUCAUACAGGAUUUUACUCAAAGGUUUGAAGCAAACAAGAAACUAGGAUUACGUGGACUCAAACAGCAUGGGGAUGGAAUCAGUAGAAUUGUGAACCUCUCAAAUGAAAACAUAAGCCAGACAGUGAAGGAGUUUAAAGAAGAAAAUGGUCAACCUUUCCAAUCUCAUGACAAACUUCAAAAUCUGUUAUGUCGGAUCAUUAUAUGUGUG